GUGUCUCUCGGGCUUCUUUUCUGUGUGCGUGCCUUUGUGCGUUUGUGUGUGCGUGUGUGUAUGUGUGUGUGUGUUUUGGUAAAAAGUGAGGGGGGGUAGAUUUAAUUAAAAAUUUUUUUUUUAAAAAUUCAAUUGUUCUUUGUCUAUUACUUUUUUUGUUUCUUAAUUCAAAAGUUCUCAUUCAUAAAAACAUGUCAGCAUUUAUUCGUCGUCCAUUUUUACAAACACUCAAUUCAGUCAGAGCAUUUUCUUCUUCAGCUGCUCGUUCUGACUUGAACAAGGUUCAACUCAUUGGUCGUAUUGGCGCCGAUCCUACCACAACUCAAUUGAGCGAAGAUCGCUAUGUCACCAACUAUACAGUCGCUACAUCAGAAACAAGACCCGAUAAAGAAGGCAACUGGAUUAAGCGAACGCAAUGGCACCGUGUCACUUAUUGGCAAGCCGGUGAUUGGUUCUCCAAAGUUAAAAAAGGUGAUCUAGUUUACGUUGAAGGAACACUUCGCUAUAACGAUUACAUGGAUAAGGAGGGAAAUCCCAGAACCAAAGCCGAAAUCAAUCAAACACAAUUUAAACUCUUGACGCCUUCACGUAGAGGCGGCGAGGAGCCUGAGGAAGUCUUGGAAGAGGAGGAAUAAGUAAAGCAAAAAGAAACAUGACGUGGAUCUCACGACAGAAAAUGAAGCAUAUCCAUUCCCUUCAGUAUUGCUUACCUUGUUUUUUUUUGUAUGCCUUUCUUUUUUUUUUUUUUCAAGCCCCUCCAAUUCAUCACCAGCAUUUUCUUAUAUAUAAUAUAUUUAUAUAUAAUUCUUUUUAAAGCAGCCAACUUUAUCUCUACUUUAACAGCUAUCCUACCUCUUAUACAUAGCAUAUAUAUAUAUAUAUAUAUAU